GCAGCGACUGUCAGGAGAUAGCUGGGUGGCAGGGACAGGGGGAGAGGGGCUUUUCUCUGAGGCCACCUGGAAAAAGCCAUGUAAGAUCCCUGGCUUCUCAAGGCAAAACUCAGACAUAACUCAAAUUUAAUUCCUGUAAUGCAAAUUUGUAACGUGGAGUCUUUAAUCUGGGAGGAUAAAUCUGUGGAUCUAUGAGAGGAAUCGUCGAACCCAAGAAGAACACGACGAAUUGAAGUUUCUGUAAAGUUUGCUGUGCGCCCUGGAGCUUCAUGGACCCCCAAACUAACUCCAGAAGAAGAAAUCUCCACAAGUUCAGCACCAAGGAUAUCUCCUAUCAGUUUUGAUGUCAGGUGAAGGUGAAGUCAGGCUGACCGGGAGUUUAUCUUUAGCCAGGUAAAAACAGCUUUUACUUUCUGAUCGGUGCGUAAUUACGCAGCGCUGAGGUAUGAGUGGAGGUCGCUUUGAGUUUGACGACGGUGGAGCUUACUGCGGGGGCUGGGAGGGGGGCAAAGCCCACGGCCAUGGCAUCUGCACCGGACCCAAAGGCCAGGGCGAGUUCUCCGGCUCCUGGAACUAUGGUUUCGAGGUGGUGGGGGUCUACACCUGGCCCAGUGGGAACACCUACGAGGGGUACUGGUCGCAGGGGAAGCGUCACGGUCUGGGACUAGAGACCAAAGGACACUGGCUUUACAAAGGGGAAUGGACUCAUGGCUUCAAAGGGAGAUACGGAGUCCGGAUCAAUGCUGGAAGUGGAGCAAAGUAUGAAGGCACGUGGAAUAAUGGGCUCCAGGAUGGAUACGGGACAGAGACGUAUGCUGAUGGAGGUACUUUCCAGGGUCAGUUCACCGGCGGGAUGCGACACGGCUACGGUGUCCGUCAGAGCGUCCCCUACGGCAUGGCAGCAGUUGUCCGCUCCCCUCUUCGUACCUCCCUGACUUCCCUUCGCAGUGAACACAGCAACGGCACCGUCCUGCAGCAAGACAUCCCCGUCAUCACCGCCACCAACGCCUUAGGUGAAGAGACACCCGUCUCCACCCCGACCCAGCUGGGACCAUCCCGCGGAGGCUUCGCCCUCACUCUGCAGGUGGAUCCAGAUGCUGUGAAACCAAAGAAGAAGGGUCUGUUUCGCAGAGGCUCCCUGCUGGGGAAGCUGAGGAAGUCUGACUCCAGCACGUCGCUGUCCAGCCAGAAGAGCAAGAUCAGCUUCCUGAGGACAGAAUCAGCUCUCAGCUCCAACGCCAGCGACACCAACUCCACCAUCAGCAUGGACGAGAGCCUGGCUGGAGCUGAUGACUUCCCCCCAGUAGAGGCUGACAUCGACGCCACCACCACAGAAGUCUACAUGGGCGAGUGGAAGAACGACAAGCGCUCAGGAUAUGGAAUAAGCGAGAGGUCCAGCGGGCUGAAGUACGAGGGCGAGUGGCUGAACAACCAGAGACACGGCUACGGCUGCACCAUCUUUGCAGAGGGAGGGAAGGAGGAAGGAAAGUACAUGAACAACAUGCUGGUGAAGGCCAUGAAGAAGAGGGUGAUCCAGCUGAAGGGAACCAAGAUCAAGCAGAAGGUGGAGCGGGCGGUGGAGGGCGCUCAGAGGGCUGCAGCCAUCGCCAAGCAGAAGGCAGAGAUCGCUGCUUCCAGGACGAAUCACGCGAAGGCCAAGUCAGAUGCGGCUGAACAGGCGGCUUCGGCCUCCAACGGCGAGUCCAGCAUCGCACGACUGGUGGCCAAAGAGCUCUCCCCUUCUUUCUACCAGCCAGGUCCUGAGUAUCUGAAGAAGAGAGUGGUGUUACUGGAGGUGGAGGGCAGCGAGAACACAGACACUGUCAUGCAUGAGCCACUGCUAGCUGAGGAGGAGCCCAUGCCCACACCGCCAGAAAGCCCCCUCAUGAACGAACUGGACAGCCUCAUGCCCGGCUCUUCUCCAGGUCGCACCCCCUCCCCCAGCCCCGGCAUCCUCAGCAAGGAAGACCCUAAACUCCUCGGUCCAGGCAGCUGGAACGAAGACAAAACCAUUAAAGGCGGUGGUAGCAAGGGGGGCAGUAAACCCAACAGCAAGCCUAACAGCCGCCCCACUACCCCAUCAACCUCUGUUACUGCUGCUCCUGCUGCUCCAGCUGCUCCUGCUGCUGCGGCAGCAUCUGAGGGUGCAGGGGCCCCCAGCAGUCGUGGCCCCUCUCGCACCCCAAGUCGUCAGAGCAACAAGAACGAGCAGGGGUCUGACCUGGAGAUAAAGCCCCUGCAGAAGUUUGACUCUGAGACCACAGCUCCAGAAGUCGCUCCUGCUGCUGCUGCUGCCACUCCUGUAAGGAACAGCCUCAUCACUCCAGAUGAAGAUGAAGCCCUGCGCCCCGCCUCCAGAGUGUCCUCCAGAGCCGUCACCCCGGAGCCUAGAACCGUUGAGGUCAAGCCUGAACGGGUUCCGUCAGUCCAGGAACGAGCCACGCCCGUCUCUCAGCUCAAAGUGGAGUCCAGGGAGGCGAGCCGGCCAUCGAGCAAAGCAGAGACAAAGCCAUCACUAAAACGACAGCCCAGCCCGGCUCCGUCCCCAAGACCAGCUCCGUCCCCGAGACCUGCGCCAACUCCUGAACCUAAAAGCGUACCAAAGCAAGCUGAAGUCAAAACCAUUGACGCCAAACCAGCCCAGAAGGUGGAGCCCAAAGCUGAGUCCAGAGUGAAGGCCACCGUGUCGACCCUGAGUAGUGAGGUGGCUGUAGAGUCUCUGGAGCCGGAGGGCCCAAACACCAUCAUGAUCUGCAUGGUUAUCCUGCUCAACAUCGGCCUGGCCAUUCUUUUCGUACACAUCUUGUCAUGAGACAUUUUCCACCGCCUCAGGUCACCAGCAGUGCUGGAGAGAGAUGGCCUGCCUCCUCCUCUUCCUCCUCCUCGGUUUGGACCAGAGAUCUCAAGAGACGGCUGAGGAGAGAAGAAGCUUCGUGCAGACAGCCGCAGCUCCUCUACAGGUUUAGUGUUGGUGUGACUGUGUGAGGCUCGGUGCAGCUCCUCUCUUUCAGGAGGCUUGACAAAGAGAAGGACUUUGAAUGACUGAAGAGAUUCAUCUGAGGAAGAUGAUGUUUGUAUGUUAGAAGAAGUCGGGCUGGAUUUGGUAGAGCAUGUUGGCACUGGUGAGGUCUGGCUUUGUCACAGUGUGUCACAGGCGUGUGUCAAUAUCUGAAUUUAAAAAAAGGCUUUAAUGAAAACCUGAAUCGGCUGACUCUCACAACAACAACAGAUUAGCCGGAUUAGACCGUUUCAGUAGAUUAUAUUUUCACAAGAUAUGUUUUUGUAUUAUGUGAUCGCCGGCUGAAGGAAUGUUGAAACGUACGCAGACUGAAUAAUCUCUCCACUACGCCUUAAACUUGAAUGUUUGAACUUCUGCAGCAGACGUGUACAAAUUUCAACAUCAUCGCUUUGAUUACCUGAGAUGUGUGUGUGCGAGAAAGUACUGCUGAAACGCUGCAUCAGAUGCUGUCACUGUAACGUCAGAGUAUUGUUUGCAUCCUGCUUAUCCGUCUCUUAAAAAAAAAAAAGACUCCAGACGAUCACACGCUACAUUUAGAUUGAACGCAUCCUGCAGAGAACUGUAUUUGAGACUGUUGUGUACUACACUGUGAAAUAUUCUAUAUUCACUGGGAUUUAUGUGCAUUUAAUGUCAAUCUGCUGCUUGGGUUUUAGGAGCUGAUGAACCAAAUAUAGUAUAGGGAGCUUAUGAGUGUCACUGUUAUGUUCUGUAUGGUCCUUGUUUAGCACCCAGGUGGUUUAACAUGAGAGUUGUGUAUGUUUUACAAAAGAAUGAGCAGGCAGGAAGUGAAGGUUUGGGUUAAUCUGUAAGAUGAAGUGCGGCUGCUCGACCUAUAAAUAUUAAACAAACAGCAGCAGGUUAGAGGUUGUUUGGAUGUUUGUUCUCCGCUUCAUAUUCAGAGCCAAAUACAAGUUCAUCUUUUGUACGCAUGAGGGCACUUUGUGUGUAUGUGUCUGUAUUUUUGUACCUUUUUUUUGAAGUGCACAUCUUUUCAGCUUUUCAAAAAUAUUCUCUGUCACCGUUUCUUUUCUUCCUUUUAUGUCAAGAACUAUGCAACCCCAGAUUAAUUUAUUUCCCAAAGGAGUCAGAUUACCUCGUGACUGUGAGACGGAGGUGAAUUGUUCUUAACUCCAUGUCUUACACUGAAAAGAGCACUCUGCAGUAGGGCUGAUAUUUCUGAACAUGUUGGUUUUAAAAAGAGGAAGAAGCUGAGAUUUGGUUUGCCGUUGAGUUUGCAGAUGAACACACAGACCAGAUGAGACCUGGUUGUGUGAUGUUUGUGUGCAAAAGAAGGGAAAAUCUACUGUUUCAAUAUCCCAUGAUCUCAUUUAGGGCAGACCGUUAAUGAAAGAUGGCCAGUGACUUGAUUGGUUAGAGAUAUAAAACAGUAUAUCGGUCAGUUGUUGUUUUUCUGUCUGUUUUAGUGCAUCUAAUUAAAUCUAAUUACACUCUGAAUCUGAAUAAAUGCAUUUGUGUAGCCAAACCUGGUCAAAACUACAAAACUGAAACUAAAUAAAACUUUUACAACACUCAUGAA